AUGGAAGAGCCGAGCCCAAGGCAGAAGGAUGGAGGCGCUGGGCUUCAGAGCAGAGGCAUUGAGCGCUGGGCCUUGUACGCGACACAGGGUUGCGCUAGGCAAGCAGGCCACAUGCGCUGGGCUAGACCACAAGUGAACAAUAUCAGCAAGCAAUUGGCGCUUGGGCCUAACAUGCCUAAGGUCCGUCGUGCUUUGAACAUCCCCCGAAAGUUUCGUGAGUGGCACUGGCUGUUGAGUGAGCAUCGGGAGGAAGACAGUGGUCUGCCCCCUACCGAGGAUGUCGAGAGAUGGAAGCAGAAUGGUCCGGACCCUGAUGAUCUAUCCGCUGAACAUGAGGAGUGCUCUGUUGAACAAGAGGAGUGCUCUGCUAACCCCCAUAAAAAAGGAAGGCUAAUAUCAAGUCUUCGAGAACUCAAGCUACUUCUUCACGGGCGAGGAAUGUAUAGCAAGAAGAUUGGUGGUCAUGAUUUGCUCCGCGAAGUGGUCCGUGAGCCCUCUAGCUCACCUGUUGAGAGGCAAAGAGAUGCAGAUUUUCCUCUCCAAAGUUCAGGUCACUUAUACCAGUCGAAGAGUGGAGGUCGAUGUGGGAGGUCUGCUCACUCAACCAACCAUCAUGAUCCAACUGUUGAGUCACGUGUAGUCAAGCGUGGAGCGAAAGGUUCUUCUGCAACGUCAGGGGUUGAUCCAAAGGUGGACAAGUCUAGCUCUGCAGGGGAUGCGGGCGUGUCUGAUCUGCUCAAGAUGCACUUUCUAUCAAGUCCAUCCUCUUGUGCUGAGCUGGUUGAUCAAAUCCGUCAGGCUGGCGAUCCUGACCAUUUGGAACUGGUCUGCUGUUGCCCAUCUUCUGCUCAGCACAGUGAGUUAGAGAAGAAGAAUGCCAAGCUAGUUAGCAAACUUUCUACCGAGCAGACCCGUUAUGAGAAGAAGACGUCUGAUUUGCGGGCGAUGAUAUCUGAGCUCAAGAGUUCCUUUGCUGAGAAGGAUUCUGAGCUUAAUUCUUCCGCUGCUGACUUGGCAAGUCGAAAAGAUGCUUACUUCCACCUUGAGCGCAAGAAUGCUAACAUCUCUCAUAGCUACGACAAGCUUUUAGCUGAAUUUCACGCCUAUCAUGAGUCUGCUGAGGAAUCCAAGUCCGAAGUUGCCAUGGAUGCGUACAAGUUAGGCUACUUGGACUGCACAAAUGGACAUGAUCCCUUCUAUGCCAUUGGAGAUGAAGACAUCAAGGUGCUCUAUCCUGACUUGCCCAUUGUGCAAAGUGAGGAGGCUAAUGUUGUGAACACAAAAGGAGCUGAAGAGCAGGUGGCUGAAGAAGCGGUAGCCGAAGAGGAUGAAGCAAAAGAGGAUGCAGCUGAUGAUGUGGUGGCAGACAUCAUAGAUCAGGCCUGCGGAGCUGCUGAGAGCGUGGUUGAUCAAGUGAUGCUGAAGAGGCUGCAAAUCAGGGAUCUCCUAUAG